AUGCGCCUACUGGAAAAAGAAGCUCGGAGAAGGAGAAUGAUUCUGAACCAGAACCAAAAGAACACUCUUCAUGCAUGGUUUGAGAAGAAUCCUAAUCCAGAUUUAGCUACAAGGGGACGUCUGGCUAAGGAAUUGGGCAUCUCAGAGUCUCAAAUUACGACUUGGUUUCAGAAGAACAGAAAAAUAAAGAAACAAGUGGAGUUUGAAUGUUGCUUUGAAGAAAGCCAAGCCCAGGGAAAGGAUAAACCUAAAGUUAAAGAAGCUAGGAGGAGACGGACAUGUUUCUCAAAAAUUCAGAUUGAUAUUCUAAUUGAAGCUUUUGAGAAGAAUCGAUUCCCUGGUAUUGCUACCAGGGAAAAACUGGCUCAACAAACAGGCAUCCCGGAAUCUAGAAUUCAUAUAUGGUUUCAGAACCGGAGAGCUCGGUAUCCAGGUCCCAAACAGGGCACUCAGGCAACUGCUCAGCUAUCCCAGAACAGCCAGUGCCCUGCCCUGAAGACUACUGAUCAACCUGCUCCUUCCAAAACUCUCACCAGCCGCUUAUCAGUUACAACAGCUCUUUCUCCACCCCACACACCAUCUGGUCCUUCGAAUCUCUCCAGGGGCCAUCAGAAGCAGUUGUCAAGGACCACAGGAUCACAGCCCUCCCAGGUGGUACAGGGAAGGGGUGAUGGUCAAAAUUCCUCAGCGUGUAUUGGCCACUUAUCACCGGUAGUAACUCCAGGAGAGGAGGGCUUCCCCACUCAGGCUCCUUUAUGUCUUCAAAUCCAAGAAAGACGGCAAGAUCCUGGUGAGAGCAGUGGUUCGGCUGUACCACCCUUAGACAGUUCUAUUCAGGCUCCAGCCGUCAAUCAACACUUUCAGGAACUGGACCAGACAGACUUUGCCUUUCUGCAACACUGGGAUGAAUGGUUCCAGUCGAUGCUGGCUGAAUGGAUACCCGACGAAGAAUACUGGACUCUUGGUGACUCUGCGCUCCAUCCACAGCAGGCGCAGCUUCAGCAGCCUGCCAGUGUAUCUCAUCAAGUGGGCACAACCCCACAGCAAUAGGUUUACCUCAAGCCUUUUCUGUUAAUCCCCACUGCACACCAGUUUUCAGGAAAAGACCUCAUCUUUCCACAUCCAGGCCCCAUGUAGAUGACCGUGCUUUGCUUGGAGAGCUUCUCAGAUAUUUUCAGAUUCUCUUUCACAGCGUGAAGUUUAUCAGUGACUCAGAUUGAGGAAACUGUCAAGAUCCUAAUCCGGGGCCUCUGUCCUUGGGUUUGAAAUCAGUGGAUAUAGUGAAGAAUAAAAAGACCAAAUUGUGGAACUCAU